CGGGAAUCUUCCAAAACCCAAUCAAAGAAGUGCGAAGCCUCUUCCCUCAGUUUUCUACAAACUUUUCCUUCCUCCUCUAUAACUCUACCUGUCUACCAUCGAUGAAGCUGUCUGCUUCUUCCCCCGACUAACCCUACCGGUGAAGCUGCUUCUCUCUCUCUCUCUGAUUAACAUUGGGUUGAAGAAUGGAAAAUGUCAACCUAAUUGUAGAUGGGUUGGAUUACAUCUAUAAUGAUGUUCCAACGGGCUAUGUGAGUGAUAUGGAAGAUGAUAAUGAAGGUGAGCUACAAGAAGUCAGUGAUGAUGAAGAAUUUGAGCUGAAUGAAAUCUUCACAGAAGGUAAUGAAUUACUCCAUAAUAGGAACAAUUAUGGUGCAGAAAGUGACGAGAUACAUUUCAGAUUAGGAAUGACAUUUGGUAAUGCAAAAGAAGCUAGAAGUGCUAUAGCUAACUAUUCUAUUGCAAAGGGGGUUCAACUUAAAAUUGACCCAAAGGAACCUCAAAGAAUUAGGGCGAGAUGUAUGAAUGAAGUAAAUUGUCCAUUCAAUCUAUAUAUAUCUAAAGAUGGGAAAAAUCCCGAUUUAGCUGUGAAGACAUUGGUGAAUGAACAUAAGUGCUAUAGGCAUUAUUCCUUAUCUAUUGCUUCUGCAAGCUGGCUAGCCAAGUAUUUUAAGGAUAGAAUUUAUCAAUGCCCGAAGUAUACUGCUAAGAUGAUGAAACAUGAUGCUGAAAAGGAGUUGAAGAUCAAUGCUGAAAAGGAGUUGAAGAUCAAUGCCCAAAGUAUACUGCUAUUGACAAAUGUAAAAGGGCUAAAAGACUUGUUAUUCAAGAGUUGGAUGGGUCAUUUAAAGUAGAAUUUAGCUACCUCGCAGCUUAUGCUGAUUCACUUAAAAGAAGUAAUCUGGGCACAAAGGUUGAGAUUGAUUUGGAUAAAGAAGCUUUGAAAGAUGGAAGAAGAGUGUUUAGAAGGAUGUUUAUAUGCUUUGAAUCUUGCAAAAGGAAUUGGUUGAAUGGAUGUAGACCUUUAAUAGGACUUGAUGGGUGUUUCUUAAAAGGAGUUACUAAAGGUCAACUAACGGCCGUUGGUGUUGAUGGCAAUGACCAGAUGGUCCCAAUAGCUUGGGCAGUAGUGGAUAAAGAAAAUAAAAAUAAUUGGAAGCGGUUUUUAUGUUGGCUAGCACAAGAGCUUGAUUUGGAAGAUGGUUCAAGAUUGACAUUGGUCUCAGAUAUGCAGAAGGGUACAUCUCUAAAGUGAAGAAAUUGGCAACAGUAACUAUUCGAUUACGUCAUUAUGAAAGCCUCAAUCAUAGGAUGCGAUGUUACUUUUUCUUCUUUCUCACCUAAAUCGGAGUCGGAGAAUGGUUGGAGAGAGGGCGUGAAGGCGUAAACAACCGGGCAGCCGGGGCAGGUGUGUAACGUGGCCAGUAGAACAGCGUGCCAGCGUGGACAUGACUAGUCAAUAGUAGACCAGCAUGUGUGGGAUGCCGUAAACAAAUCAUUAGACCAUCAUUAGUAUAUCAGCAAUCAAAUUGGACCAAAUUUAGCAACACGAGUACUAUAUUUUGUCUUCAAUGGAGAGCCGACUGAAAAUUUUGAACAGUACAAUUUUGUAUUCUAAUGAUACAUAUGAAUAAAAAAAUCAAUAUAAUCAAAUACCAUAAUCCAUUGUGGAUAAGCUUGCGUUGUUCC